GUGAGUAGGCGCCGUUUCGAAAGCGGCGGCGGGCUCCAGGGUCGAGCGGAGAGCUGCUUGUCGCGACCGUUGCCGUGCGGUCCUUGCGGACCCGCGUCCCUCUGCUCCGCGGGCGAUGGAUGUGUCGAGGGGCUUCUUCGGCAAACUGCGCUCCCUGGCCCUCACGCUAGAGAGGGAGGCGAAGCAGCUGGAGCGGGCGCUGCGCGGGGAGGACGCGGACUAUGAAGAGGAAUCUCCGAUGAGGGUUUUGCACGACCUACACUGCGAAAUCAGGGCUCUGAAGGAAGAUGCUAAUGCUGCUCUUGGCAAGAGUUCCUCUGAAAGGCAAGAAAUUAAUGACUUUAUGAAGGCAAGUGAGAUACUGAUGCAAAGAAAUGCAGCGGAUCUUGCAAAAAUAAGAGAGCUAUUCCAGAAAUACGGCUACAAACCCGUCGAAGUCCCUACAGAGGAGCAACAAGAGGAGGCGAAUGGUGAUUCGAAGGCAUCUGACCAGAGUAAAUCUGAUCAGGAAGAAGCAGAUGAUGCACCUCCUCUUCCUGCCUGUGCUGAGAAUCCUCCUGUGCCCGGAGACCCGCUGCGGAGCCCCCAGCUUUCUGAUUUCGGCUUAUCACAGUAUGCUUUCUCCAGGCCCUGGAGUGCAUUGCAUGGAAAACAACGUGCAGCAAACGCCAGUCAAGAAAAUGCAAAGCACACAACUCCCCAGAAAACGCAGGCCGCCUGUGUUCUGCCCAAAACACCCAAAUGCAUGCUAAAGAUGGAUGACUUUGAGUGCGUUACACCAAAACUGGAACACUUUGGCAUUAAUGAACACACCAUGUGUAUGAAUGAAGAUUACACCAUGGCACUUAUUCAUAAAACUGCCCAGUCAAACAACUUAGUUAAAAAAGGCGACGAUGAAGUGAAUGUAGCAAAAAAGCCACCCAGGGAAAUGGCAGUUACUCCUGAGCCAAAAACAAAAGCAGCAGAUGAGAGCGUUCCAGCAGCAGACUGUAUGGCUUCUCCUAUGAUACCCGUGUUCUGCACACCUGGUGUGAAAAUCCCUCCCCGAGCAGACAGUGCAGCGUUAGCCAAGUCACCAGAAAGAGACAAAGUGCCUCUUCCCAGCCAUGCAGCAACGCCACCACCUCCGGAUUUUGAAGCCAGGUGGAUGACAAGAGAACUUAUGGAAAUGCAAGAGGAGAAGAUCAUGUUGGUGACCAAAAACAAUGCAACAGAGAAACAAAACAUAGAAGACGGCAUUCCUUCUGCUGUGAGCUCUGAUGAGUACCUCAAACAUUUGGGGAACCCAUCUCCUCCCAAAAUAAAACAGUACGACCAUUUACUCAGCACUCCUCCACCUCCAGAAAUAACAAGGAUACCAGAUGAUGUACUACAGAUUCUGUCAAAGUAUAACCAUAAAGUGGACUCUUCUAUAUCUAAGAAAAUGGAGACUAAGGCAGGAGAUGCUGCAGGAUUUGGAAGUGAUUUCAGUGAUUACUGCAACAAAGAGAACAGAGGAUAUCCUGAUUUUUUCAAGUCAGACGUUUGAAAUCAAGCUGAAGACUAUUUCACAUUCAUGGAUCUUAUCACUGAACCAUGGGGAGCUCAAAAAGCAAGAAAGAAAUACUGUGAGGAAGGACCCACAAAAGGAAAAUCCCUUUUUUUUUUUUCUGGGGAAAACUUAAUGUGUAUUAACUUGCUUGAACUAACAAUUGUGUGGUUUAAUUUUGUGAUUAAAAUUAGUAGCAAAGUAGAUUGGGUUUUGGUUGUUCUAAUAUUGCUUCACAGGGGACUACAAUCAUGUAUUAUAUGAUGUAAUACUUCAGAUGUUUCGCUUGAUUCUUGUGUUUGUUGUGUGUGUUCAGAUGCAGUGGUCUGUAGAGAAGUGCAAUUAAACUGUAACACAAGGAAAGUCCAUUAUGCUGCCCAGAAAGGAGACAUCUGUAGGCAGUCUGCUGACACUGCCUGUUUCAGGGCGGAGUUUGCAGUGCAGUGCUUGGACAUAUCUUCAGCAGAACUCUUUGUGUGACGAGUAACUCCCGCCUUACUGCGUUAAAGUACCUCCAGGACAUCUAUCCCUUCUGCAGCACUAAGGCAUAUCAAACAGGUAUUCCUACAUCGUGCUGUCACCUGGCUGAUAGACAGGCUUCUCCUUCAAUUGCAGUUUUCCUGCUUAGGCAUCACAUUGAGAACUAGGCACGCAUUUUCCUCUUAGCACCCUAAUACCUAUAGCCCUAGAAUGUUACUAUCUUGAAUGUGAAGUAAUUGCACAGUAUAUUUUCAAAUGUCACCAAUGAGAUAUCUACUGUUUCUUCCAUUGCUUGGAAGAUUUGCCUGGGGGGUUGCUGUAUUGUCCCCUGCACUGCUGCCACAUGCGUUCUGUAAGUGGUGCUGUUACUUCCAGUCAUGCAAGCACGUCCCUGCAGUAGCACACCAAGCUAAACUUAGAGUUUAGUUUGUUGGGCAAUUUGCUGGUAUCUGGUCACAGCAGCUGGAAUUUUUUCCACCAGAGAUAUUUCUCCUGUCCAAAAGAAAUCCCAACUAUGUAUCCUUCUUUAAAGCUGUUACCUGUGUCAGCUAUUGCUGUGAGUACUGCUCUUACAGCUGCACACAUUCUUCCUGUUGACAGCUAAAAUACUGUUACUUUAGUGUGUGCUUUUCUGAAUUUUCUGAACACAGUUCCACAUUCUUUGAAAUUCCCAGGCAUAAAAACAUCUGGAGCUGCCAGAAAGUAUUUUUCUGGCUGCUUCAAGGGGCUUGGCAUGGCUGAAACAUAGCAAAUACAGAAGCCUUUGUCAUGCUGUCACAGUCACUUUCUGAGAUGAGUGUACAUCACAUUACCGGGAGCAGCUGACUUUUUUUUUUAACCAAUUCUGGCCUGAGCACAGUAUCACUUUUUUUUUUUCUGUCCUAAUUUCUGUUUAAAAAACAUAAUUAAUUUACAUUACUUUUGAAAGCUGAUCAACAUGUUGAAUAACAUUUGUCUGGGAUGGUUUGGGGCUGCUUGGAAAACUAAUCUGCAGUGAAAACACCUGCUGGUCUAACACAACUCUUUCAGAGUGAUCCUUCCAGCACCUUACAAACUAUACCCACCUGAUGGGCUGGAUGCUAGUCACAGAAUGUCAUAGGCCUAACAAAGUACCAAAUAGUCUGUUCUAGGACAGGAAUCUUCCUCUGUCAGCAGCCUCUGCUCAGCCUCCUCUGGGCUGAACAAACCCAGGGACCUGAGCCACAUACCUUGCCCUCUAGACCUUUGCGUCUUUGUUGUCUUCAAUCUCAUAUGACAUGACAGUGGCAUGAGGUUAUGUUUUUGGAGCUACUAAUUGAGUGUUACAAGCUUGUUUGGGGGUUUUUGUUUACAGAACUGUUGAAGUAGUAACACUGUUUGUGCUUACUGCCCUUGUGUAAGGAGGAAUAUUACUGUGAGGUUGAUGCAGUCAGAGCAGCAGAACAAAAGCAAGCUGUGAUUUGUCUUGCCUAGGUUUCAGUAAGAUCUAAGCAGUAUUGUGAGUAUUGGAGAAGGGGGAAGCAGAACUGGAAACAAGCAGCAUACAAAACCCAUCCCUGUUCAGAACCAGCUGGGGAAGGCAGUGGUAGAAUCUCUCAUGCAGCCCUGUGCAUGCAGCCCUGUGAUUGACCAAGCGCUCGGGUACUGCAGCAACAGUGCAUGGAGCCUUGGGGCUGCAGGAGCUCAAGGCUCUCCCUGAGCUCCCUAAGGAGAAAGGCAUGUCCUUAUGUCGCAUUAGAGUCAGGAAUCCCGCAGAAGUGACACAUUAUGGGUUGUUUUGUUGUAGUGUGAAUCCAGAAACAGCACUGGAGUGUCGGUGCAGUUUGAAUACGCAGUAGCUAAGUGAGCCUUGGUUUUGGAAGAGCCAGUCUUCAUCUGGUAACAGGCAUAUUUGACUCAGAGUCUGAGCUGUGCCUAAUCCACAACAUAGGGCUGCUCCCACUAGCUGCUGUUUCACCACUUCUCUUGCACAGAAAGUACAGGUUGUGCAGUUGUGUGGUUGUUACCACCUGCUGAGCCACUGAAAGACUGAUAGAUUUUGUUUCCUCUUCUAGUUUCCCUCCCAGUGGAAAUCAGUAAUCUCAAAUUCAGCUCUUGGCUGCUUGACUGCUACAUCAGAUGCACGGGAAGGGUGAGCAUGGGAUCACAUCAUCUAGCAGUA